CGGGCGGGUGGCUGGGGCGCCUCCACCUCCUCUUCCUAAAGCGGCGAGGCGCAGACGAGCGGCAUCACUCGAGCCCAGGUCCCGGCCACCGCCACACACGGCGCCCUGCGUUCUGGAGGAGGAGCAGCAGCGGAGGCGGCGGCCACAGCGGCGGGCGGGCGCCAGAAAGGCCCCGGUCGAAAAGCCUGGGAGGGCCGCCGACCUACCCCCGGAGGAGGAGCCAGUCGGAGCCCAAGGCGCCACCGCCGCCGAAACCGCGCGGAGCAGCUUUCGCCUUCAUGGCCCACUCACCGGUGGCGGUCCAAGUGCCCGGGAUGCAGAAUAAUAUAGCCGAUCCAGAAGAAUUGUUCACAAAAUUAGAACGCAUUGGGAAAGGCUCCUUUGGAGAAGUUUUCAAAGGGAUUGAUAACCGUACCCAGCAAGUGGUUGCUAUUAAAAUCAUAGACCUCGAGGAAGCUGAAGAUGAAAUUGAAGACAUUCAGCAAGAGAUAACUGUUUUGAGUCAAUGUGACAGCUCAUAUGUAACAAAAUACUAUGGAUCAUAUUUAAAGGGUUCAAAAUUAUGGAUAAUAAUGGAAUACCUGGGUGGUGGUUCAGCGCUGGAUCUUCUGCGAGCUGGUCCAUUUGAUGAGUUCCAGAUCGCUACCAUGCUAAAGGAAAUUUUGAAAGGUCUGGACUACCUGCAUUCAGAAAAGAAAAUUCACCGAGACAUAAAAGCUGCCAACGUCUUGCUCUCAGAACAAGGAGAUGUGAAACUUGCUGACUUUGGAGUUGCUGGCCAGCUGACAGAUACACAAAUUAAAAGAAAUACCUUUGUGGGAACACCAUUUUGGAUGGCUCCUGAAGUUAUCCAGCAGUCAGCUUAUGACUCAAAAGCUGACAUUUGGUCACUGGGAAUUACUGCUAUUGAACUAGCCAAGGGAGAGCCACCUAACUCCGAUAUGCACCCAAUGAGAGUUCUGUUUCUUAUUCCAAAAAACAAUCCUCCAACUCUUGUCGGAGACUUUACUAAAUCCUUUAAGGAGUUCAUUGAUGCUUGCCUGAACAAAGAUCCAUCAUUUCGUCCUACAGCUAAAGAACUUCUAAAACAUAAAUUCAUUGUAAAAAAUUCAAAGAAGACAUCUUAUCUGACUGAACUGAUAGAUCGAUUUAAGAGAUGGAAAGCAGAAGGACACAGUGAUGAUGAAUCUGAUUCUGAGGGUUCUGAUUCGGAAUCCACCAGCAGGGAAAAUAACACUCAUCCUGAAUGGAGUUUUACCACCGUGCGAAAGAAGCCUGAUCCAAAGAAACUACAGAAUGGGGCAGAGCAAGAUCUUGUACAAACCCUGAGCUGUUUGUCUAUGAUAAUCACACCUGCGUUUGCUGAACUUAAACAGCAGGAUGAGAAUAAUGCUAGCAGGAAUCAGGCAAUCGAGGAACUGGAGAAAAGUAUUGCUGUGGCUGAAGCUGCCUGUCCUGGCAUCACAGAUAAAAUGGUGAAGAAAUUAAUUGAAAAAUUUCAAAAGUGUUCAGCAGACGAAUCCCCCUAAGAAACUUGUUAUUGGCUUCUAUUUCAUAUGGACCCAGAGAAACCCACCAAAGCUACUUCAAGCUUAACAAUGCUUAACUCAUGAGCUCCACGUGCCUUUUGGAUCUUUUCGACAUUGAAGAUUUGGAAGAAGCUAUUCAACUAUUUUGUGAUGGUGUUUAUCAUUUUAUAUUUUAAAGAGAUUAUUUUGUAAGGAAUAACUUUUAAUACUAUAGUUUCACCUGUAUUCUAGUAAAUGUUGAGAUACAGUUUUGCUUUUAGGUAUCAUUAUUACUUAAGUUACUAGGAUGAAUACCUUUCAUGUUUUGAUCUUUAGUUAACUGUACACUCAUGAAACAUACAGGUCUUUCAAAGUCAUCCUAAAUAUUCAACUUUUGCAAUCAUCAAGCCUCAAAAGCUUAAAAAAAAGCAUAUUCUAAACAUGACUAUUGGUGGGGAGGCAGAAACAAGUCACACAUUCUUAAAGCAGAAGUUUUUAAUAAGCUCUUAGAAAUGAAACCUGGAAAAGUAUUGACUCUUCUACCAAGUAGGUAUGAUAUUCCAGGCAGCUCAAUGAUGAUUACAUUUGAGAGCCCUGCGUUUGAAGCAUUUAGAGGCAACAUGUAGCAACACGGUUACCUCUUGGUGUGCAGUAUUUACUUUCUCUUAUAGAAGAGACAAUUGACCCUUAUUUAACAUGGUUGGAAAGUUAAAGCAAUACCAAUUAGCCAAGGAUAGAAGAAUUAGUCAGGAUUCAUGUUUAAAAUCAACUCAAAUGACAUAUUUUAUGCUUGGAUUUGGGGAGCUUAAAAGAAGCUGAUUAUCAUGUGAUUAUAAAUACCUGAUCAACAGGUAUGAAUAUAAUUUACACCAGCAUAUUUUUGUCAUGGUAGUAAAAUGUCCUAUAAACUAUUUAUACAUUUUUGUUCUUCAUAACUAUCCAAGACAUAAGCAUCAUUUGUGCAUUUUUGAAAGGGUAUUUAAGCAUUUUCUAAUUCAUGUGAAAAUAACCAUAGUACAGGAUGAUUUCUGUCCGUACAAAGGUAAGGUAGACUGUACAGUUAAUUUUCAGUUAUAUUUAUGGUACUGUUACGUGGGUAAUACCUUUUCCUUUUAAGCCCAGUAUAUAUAUUAUGCCUAAGUUCUGAACUGAGGCUAUAUUUCAGUAGUUGUAGAAUUAUUGAUAUCAGUUAGUUUUGAUAGUUAAUGUUUUAUUGUUUGGAUCUGCACAAUUUGGUUUUUGCACAAAAGUCAUUUUAAUAAACCUGAAUAAUUGCCAAAUAUUAGAAGAAAGAUGUUCUUCAAGUGAAGAAUACAGUUUUUAGUCAAAGUGGCCAUUACCUCCUCGUCUUUUGUAAUAAUACAGACACUUGAAUAAAUUGUUGCUGUGUCAUAUGCCAAGAAAAUUUUUUCAUCGGUGCCUAUACUGUAAUAAUUACUCUUAACACAUUGUAUUUUGAAGUAAUAGUUCAGUUAAACUUUUCACCUGCUAUGUAACUGAAACUCAAUUACAGUUUAUAAUUUGUAGAGCUCUGGUAAUAAUUUUGCAACUCAUAUCAUGUAUUAAAUGAAUAUUUUUGUAAAAGUAAAAGCAACAAAUUUUUAAAUCAAUUAUUCAGAACUUUACAGCACAGCUGCAUCAUGGAUAGAAAAUUGUAUUGCUUAUUCAUUAUAGUUAUUAGUCCUGUAAACUGUUUCUGGGUAAGCAUACUUAAGUGUUUUGGGGGGUUUAAAAAUAAAUAUUUAAAUUUCAUGG